GGGCGGGGCGGGCCGCGGCGUGCCCGUUGCUAGGAGACGGGCCGGGCCGGAAGGGGCGGGGCCUCGCGGCGGGGGCCUCCGCCGGCCCAGCAGGCUCCGCGCGCCCGCGGCCAACAUGGCGGCGCUGAGCGGCGGCGCCCCGUGGCGGCGGGGCUGGCUGCCCGCCCUGCGGCUCGCCCGGCGCAGCUCCAAGGCGGUGACCCGGCACUGGAAGGCCAUGCACCUGCAGCGCCACAAGCUGAUGGCCCUCACCGAGUACCUGGCGCCGCGCCCCGCCGUCCCCGAGCGCUGCCUGCGGCCCGCCGCCGAGCCGGACGAGGAGGAGAACGGUUACGCCCGGCUGUUACGGCGGCAGGUGGAGGAGGUGUUCCGGGACAGCCGCAUGAUCGCGGUGUGCCAGUACAACUCCAUGCCCGGCGAUGACGUGGUGCUCAUGAGGCACUACCUCCGCAAGCACAACAUCGAGGUCAAGUUCGUCCUGAACGAGAUCGUCCGACCCGUGCUGUCCCAGUCCCGCUACAAGAACCUCCUCCCGCUCUUCGUGGGGCGCAACAUCCUUCUGGUGAGCCCGGAAACGAAGGCGAAGGAGAUGCUGCGGGUCCUGAAGGGAGUGCCGCAGGUCAACCUGCUGGGGGCCUGCAUCGACAACACCAUCCUGAGCAGGCAGGGCGUGGAGAACUUCGCCAAGCUGCCCUCGCUGGAAGCGUCGCAGGGGCAGACGCUGGGCGCCCUGGCGCUGCUGCCCUCCCAGACGUGCUCCAUGCUGCAGCACGGGGCCGCGCAGCUCACGGCGCUGCUGGACCAGCACAUCCGACAGCUGCGGGACGGGGCUGGCGAGGGGGGGACCCCGGCGGGGACAGAGCCCACCCAGAGCCCCGGGGCCCGCUGACCCCAGCCCCUGCU